ACGAGCGCAAUUAGCAACAAUUGUCGAGUAUUAAAUACAACCAGCCGAAAAACAGUGCAAUAAAAAGCGGGUACUCUGUUCAUUUUUUUCACCAACAGCGGACGUUCCCGGCUCAGACGGAGAGAAAGGGGAUAUCACAUUAUCGGCAUUGCCUGUCUAGGAUGGAUGGGAAGAUCGUCGCUAAAGAACAGAGUGAGACGUUUACUACUAGCAGCAGAAUGGUGACCAAGAGAGAUGAGUGCCACCAGGCGGAGUCAACAACCGAUAGCAAGCCCGUGCCAGUACGAAAGCAGACGGCACUUGACGUGGCCAACAUGAUCGCCCCGUCAGUACCCUCCAAAGAAACCCAAAACAGAAGUGGGUUCAGCAUUGGAGCCAAGCCGCUCGAUUUGAGCCACCGUGGCCUACCGGCGUCCUCCUCCUCAUCGGCCUACAAGACUUUCUACCCGUAUCCGACUUUACCCAUAUCCUCAACACUUUCUCCGUAUUCUUACCUUGGGGAGGCGGCGAGUUCGGCGAUCACACCGGCGAGUUACGGCACGGGUUACGGGGCCUAUCCGCUGUACGGAAGCUACCCUGUCGCUGAUAGUACAGCACCGCCUUUAUCAACUCUCAGGCUGUCAGCUUUACUCGCUUCGCGGAAGAGAAGGGCCGCAGCAUCCUCCGGAGAAAAGGUUGAAGUGAGUGUCGGAGUGGUAUCGGCGCUAGAGCCGUCAAGGAAGAAAGUCAGACCGGUCCCCGAGGAGAAAAAAGACAGUUCUUACUGGGAUCGGAGACGGAAGAACAACGAUGCCGCGAAGCGAUCUCGCGAUGCCAGACGGGAGAAGGAAGAAGAAAUUGCUCUUCGUGCUGUGUUCCUCGAACAAGAAAACAUGAAACUCAGAGCUGAGGUUUCCAUAUUGAAAAGCGAGAUGGGCAGACUUCAUUAUAUGGUUUACAACUGCUGAUUGGACUUGAGAAACACAAAAACUCCAGAAACUGGAAAAAGACUAACUGAAAUGUUUAUAAAACGGACAGGGUCUAUUGACUCUUCUGUUAAAGGAUGCUGCAAAAGCGCAAAAUACGCGCCCGUUGUUUUGAGUUUGGAUUUCUCAAUAAUAUCGGUACUGUGUGAAUGAACUGAACUGAGUAUUCACUAUCUUUUGAACAUUGUUGACCAACCGUGUGUUUUGAAAACUUGUGUUCAUUAAGGAAAAAGAUAACACAUCGCGCACAAAGUAUGUAUUCGAUAUUUUGUUGUUGUCCAACUCUGUGUUUAUUUAAUUGUUAUGUUUUCUAUCGAACCCACCCGUAAAUAUAAUUGUUUUUGUAUUGAAAAGAAAUGCUAAAUUUAAAAAGUAAUUUAGUUUAGAGUUUAUUAUAUCAAGGAUCGAACGUUUACCACUGCUCAAAUAUAAUUUGUAGAUUGGAUUUAACUAAGCCACAGUUUCGCCGCAUUUACACUUACAACGUAGCAGUGAAUCGAAGCUAGUAGUGUAUACCAAGACGAAUAUGAACAGGUUUCGAUAACAGAAGCAUUGGUUUAGUAUGGGCAGUGCUCUAAUGUUGUGUAUGUGCCAAACAGUUUUAAACAAACAACUGAAGUAACUGUUGUAGUGAUUAUAAUUAAAGACCCUCAUGUAUUUUAUUUUGUUUUUUUCUCAGGGAUCAUCUUUAAAACAAGGAUUGUCUGAAAUAGCAAUGCAGGGUUAGUUAAUGAACUAAAAUCAAUAAGUGCAGUAUGGAGGGUAGACGUGAUCCUCCAAGAAAAACAAAACCUAAACAACAAUCUCAAAAUAACUUUUAGUGGUUCACAAUAAGUUUUCUAGGAUUAGACAUUAAGGUUAAACGCAAACGUCAUUGGAGUGUGUUUUAGAUAAUCCGAGGUAAUCUAUAAACGGUAUCUCAUUUUGUUGAACUUCAUUAUAUAACAUAGUCUUAAUACAAGGUCGACUUGCUCAUUGCUUGGACUGAAGUCCUAUCAAACUUAUUGGGUGUUCUUAUUAUUAUUUUGAUUAGUGAGGGCUUCGGUUUGAAGUAGAGACUAGUCAGUUGGGAACGUGAGUUGAUCAAGGGUUUAAGGCCGGGUUGAAUAGCGUAACCUCCACGCCGCGUUGUUAUGCUUUUCACAGCCCUUAUACACGCUAUAGAGAAAAGGAACAGCUUGCUUUAUGUACACAUACACACACACACCAAACAAAUCUUGCCUUUGAGCAUAAUAACUAACGAUGUUACUGCCUGUAAUAUGGAUAGAGUAUCAUCUUCUUUUGUUUAGCAUUCCAGUAUGUUUUAAGUGGUGCUAUUUUCAGUUAAAAUAUUAUUUCCUUUUUGUUGAUGUUGUUGUGGAUUUAUGAUGUGUACAAUUUUGAAGAUGGGUAAAAGUUCAUGGAGUUUUGUUUUGUUUUGUUCUUAGUUUGAUUGAAGGAAGGAUGUUAUUGUCAGACUUUGUUUCUGUCUUGCAAUUUAUAAAAACAAAGUUUGUCUUUCAAGGGUUUUUAUUUCAAUGACUUGAACUGAAAGGUAAAGUUAUUCAUUAUUUUAGCUUUCUAAAAGCCGAUUUCGAUUGUGUAACAACAGUUAUU